GCGCGGAGUUAUUCCAAGCGCGGGCAGCGGACAGCGCGGGGGCGCGGGCGAGCGGGACCUGAGAUCAGUGUGUCGGCGCGCGCCGCCGCCGCCAUGGGCAACCAACAUUCAGCCUCACACACCUCUCUCAAGCCCAGGAAGAACGUGCACUGGAAAUCCGCAGGGCGGCCGGCAACACCAGGGAAACCGGAUAUUAUUCCUAUAUUAAAUGACGAUGAACCGAAUGCGAUCACGUUAAAAUGGGCGCCGGCAGCCCACGAUGGAGGUGCCCCCCUACAGGGUUAUCAAGUAGAAUGCAAUAGGCUCGGCUCUUCGGACUGGAUCCGCACCGCGCCACCCGUUGUAGUCCGACCUGAGCUGGUCCUCAGUGGUCUAGAGCCUCCACAUCGAUACCAAUUCCGUGUUGCAGCUCUAAAUGCCGUUGGUCGCUCCGAAUACAGUGAAUUGUCUGACGUACUCACAGUCAGCUUCGAACGAGGUGCUCAAGAACCACCCAUUUUUAUUGAGCAUUUGAACGAUAUCACUGCACUUGAGAAUGACAAAACGGAGUUCCGUGUUACUUUCACGGGUGCACCGACACCAACCAUCGCUUGGUUUAAAGACGACUAUGAGAUAUUCAGCAGCAGACGUACAGCGAUCACGACCACAGAGUCGUGCAGUAUACUCGUGUUCCACCAGACUCUAGCGAGUGAUGAAGGCGAAAUAAAAUGCACCGCCACCAACCGGGCAGGUCAUGCAAUCACAAAAGCACGCCUCGCUUUGGAAGCAGCACCCAAACUGCGUUAUCCACGCCAAUACGAAGAUGGUUUAUUAUACGAAAUAAACGAAACUGUAUAUUUGAAAACAACAAUCGUGGGAAAACCUACACCAACUAUUGAAUGGAGACACGACGGUCAGCCUAUAGCUGUAGACGAACGAGUAGAAAUUUCUAAUUCCCCCAAAUUCUCAGUGCUAAAAAUUCAUUCUGCACGAAGGAGCGACCGAGGAGAAUACCAAAUACAUGCCAGGAAUAAUAUAGGUGAGGACACCGCUGCGUUUUUGGUAACCAUAACUGCACCCCCAGACCCACCAAGGCGUGUAUCUGUCACCCGUCAAGUUGACAAAUCAGUCACACUAGAUUGGGAGCCACCGGAGGACGAUGGAGGGUGUCGCAUUGGCAAUUAUGUUGUUGAGUAUUACCGCAGCGGUUGGAAUGUAUGGCUGAAAGCCACAACGAGUCGGAAAACCAAUGUGACGCUGUUUGAUCUAAUUGAAGGGAGUGAAUAUCGGUUUCGCGUGAAAGCCGAAAGUCCAUAUGGCAUGAGUGCACCAAGUACAGAGUCGGCACCAGUCAAGAUACCAGGAAGAGCUGUAGACAUGGAAUUCUUAGCGGUGGAGUCUCGUAUUAUUAACGAAGUGCUAACACGGGAAGAAGGAGAGGAGCCACGAGUAUCGCCUGCUCCUCGUCGCAAGCGAGCGCAAACAGCUGCUCCAGAGGCAGCACCACCAGCGCGUAUGCUGCGUACCUCCCCGGCUAAAGAUCCUGCCGGAAGCAGCGAAUUCAUGCUCGUACUUUAUCCAGACAACAAAUCAGAUGACAAAACCGAAAAGAGAAAGUCGUUCCAAUUGGACUUAGAAGAUGCUCUAUCUCCGCCACCUAUCUCUCUGUCAGCACCCGAGCUUAGCUCGCGUUGCAUUAUGCCUUUUAAGGCCCUCCGCAAUGCUGUUAGUUCCACUGAACUCCUACAUGAGAGAGCUAUGGCACGAUUUUAUAAAGCUGUCGCUAUGAAAGAAGAACAAACAAAACAAAAUAAAGAAGAUAAACCUAAAAUCGACCACAAUACUAACAUUCCGUACAACAGUAGCACCGAUAAAACAUAUGACGAUAAUGAAAGUUCGAACCCACUAAUGGAACCUAUUCAGGCAAAACUUAAAAUGCCAAAUAUAAUAAUUAAAACAGAUUCUGUUGAAGGCCGGGAAUAUAAAUACAACUCGCGACAAGCCUCCCAGGACUCAGAAACAUCAGAAAAUAGAUGGCGACAAAGUAUGUCAUUCGAUGAAGAUUACACAGCAAGUACUGUAUCAACAGAUGGAGAUUAUUCAGAAGAGGGCAGUCUGGAAGGAGAUUUAGACAGACGAAGUCAAUAUUCAAAUGAAGAAGAUACCUAUAAUCCAAGAGAUAAAGUAUCACGGCCUUCGUCUCAUAAUGAAUUUAUAGAAGAAGAGGAAGACGAAUCGGAAAAGGAAAUACUAAAACCUCUACCGCUACCCGAUCCUAACUUUGUACCCAAACCAAUAUUGAAACGAAGAGACUUAGACAUACCAGAUACUAAGCCUACGCUUAAUUCAACGACACCAAACUCAAGCGAAAACCCUAAAUUCGAAGAAAUAUCUAUGAAAGAAGAAAAACAAAAGAAAGAUGAUAAGAUGAGGAUAUUCAAAAGAAUUACAAAAAUGCCAGUACAAAAACCUUUCCAAUUUCCGAAAUUACUUUCUAAAAAGGAACCCGAAAAACUACCAGAACAAAAUUUGUCUAAUGACACAAAAAAGAAAAUUAACAAAAUAGAAAAAGUUCAAGACAAAAUUAGUGAGGAAGGAAGAACCGUAAUAGAUUAUUACACGAAUAUUGUAAAAGAAUAUGGAAGUCAAAAGAAACCUGUUACACCUCUAUACUUAAACACGGAAGACUUGAAGAAUGUUGCAGAAAAACAACAACAUAUAGAACAAACAACAAUUAAGGAAAAGAAAAUCGUUAAACCGAAAAAGGCGAUACCUAACAAAAUGAAUGAUGUCAAGGCAUCAACAAUGAAAAACAAAAUCGUGAAUUCCACUACCAAACCUAAAACUAAACAAGUACCAAAUACUGAAAAACCGAAAUUAAUAAAACGAGAAAAAAUAACAACACGAAAUGCAAUAGACAAACCGAACAAAAUAGAUGAAGCACACAAUAAAAAAGGUACUCAACAAAUAGUUUUGAAGAAAACAGAACGAGCGACAAUAGUUAUACCUAUAAAUUAUCAAGAACUAGAAGAAAAAGCUAAAGUAACUGUGAGAUCUGCUAUCGAUUACAUGGUGGAUAUGUGUCUACUACUCCUGGCUUUUUGGGUUUAUUUCUUUAAAGACGAGAGACUAGCCAUCCCUUUUCUGAUACUCAUUAUUUAUCGGCAGUUGCAAGAAACGCUCUUCUUAAAUAUACCUGAGUGGGUUAAGCGCCACACUCCUAGUUGGAUUAAGAAGAAAACUUCUUGACCUUUUCCAA